UUCUUUAGCCCAAAAUCAAUAUGUUUGUUAGGUCAGAUUGGCAGCCGACGAAACAAAGCUCAAGCUUCUCUCUUUUUUCAGCUGCAGCCAUGGUGAACGUGCCUAAGACCAAGAAGACUUACUGCAAGAGCAAGGAGUGCAGGAAGCACACUCUGCACAAGGUCACACAGUAUAAGAAGGGUAAGGAUAGUUUGGCAGCACAAGGGAAGCGUCGUUACGAUCGCAAACAAUCCGGUUACGGUGGCCAAACCAAACCAGUGUUCCACAAGAAGGCAAAGACCACCAAGAAGAUUGUGCUGAGGCUACAAUGCCAGGGUUGCAAGCAUGUUUCGCAGCAUUCAAUCAAGAGGUGCAAGCACUUUGAGAUUGGUGGAGACAAGAAAGGGAAAGGAACAUCUCUGUUCUAGAUGUUUUAUUCAUGGUAUUAUGUUAUCCUCCCGGUUUACUUUUACUCGAGUUGUUCGAACUUAUAAGGCCGGAAUGGAACUUUGUU